AUGACUUCGAAAAAACAGCAACAAGAACGAAGAACUGUCCCAAAAGAGACUACACAAAAAGGUACAAAAAAACAAAAAACAAAUGAAGGUUCUUCUGCAUCUAUACGACAUUCAGAACAUAUUGCCAGCCAAGACUCGGAUCUUACAAGUUCCACCAAGAAGCUUAAGAUCAGUUACGAUUCCGAUUCUAGUUCCCGUACUGAAUAUAGCUUAAAAGAUGUUCCUUUUCAGGCAUCUCAAUUCACAGAAGAAGAUAUAAUAGCACUUAAUGCGACCUUCAAGCCUUUGGAAGAGAAUAACUUCAUAUCUGAU